UUGUGUAAAAAAUUUCAGAUAGCAAGAGGAGUUUCAGAGUUUUGGCCAGCAAAGUUGAUAGGACCAAUGGUGCCAUCAUCAUAUUUAGAUGGAAGAAUAGAAAAUGACAAAGGAUAUGGAGCAAGUCUAUGGAAACCCCUUAGUGAAGAAUGUGUCAAUUGGCUAAAAACAAAGCCAAAAAGAUCAAUAAUUUACAUUUCAUUUGGAAGUAUGGUAUCACUUACACAAAAACAAAUAGAAGAAAUAGCAUAUGCUUUACUAGGAAGCAACAUGGAUUUCCUUUGGGUUGUAAGAGAUAUUGAAAAAUGCAAAUUGCCUAAAGGAUUCAUAGAAUCCACAAUAGGUAAAGGACUCAUUGUGUCAUGGUGCAAUCAGCUCGAGACGCUAGCGAAUCAAGCCAUUGGUUGUUUUGUAACUCACUGUGGAUGGAACUCGACGCUGGAAGGACUAAGCCUCGGCGUGCCAAUGGUGGCUAUGCCACAAUUUUCGGAUCAAAUGACGGAUGCAAAGUUUAUUGAUGAGAUAUGGGAGAUUGGUGUGAGACCUAAGUUGGAUGACAUGUUAGGAAUUGUCAAAAGAGAAGAGUUGUUGUUUUGUUUAAAAGAGGUAAUGGAAGGAGAAAAGAGUGAUGAGAUUAGAAAAAAUGCUACAAAAUGGAGAGAUUUGGCUAAAAAAACAGUUAGUGAAGGAGGUAGCUCAGACAAGGCUAUUAAUGAGUUUGUGGAGAGUCUAAACUUAGUUUGAUAAAUGAAGUACAUGAAAUCUUUGAUU